UCAUUUUAGAUUUAAACACUGGGGUUUGCUGGAAUGGAAGAAACGGGUAAAGGGAACAAGAAAUGGCAGGAAGAUAUCUACUGGAGCCAUUUUAACUGCAUUCGCUUCAUUUCCCAUCUCUCUGGUGAUUUUCAAAAGCAGCUCGCCAUCCCCAGAAAAUUUGCUUCUAAAUUAAGAAAGAAACUCCCUGACAUUGUGGUUCUUAGAGGUCCUAGUAGUUCUACCUGGAAUGUGGGAUUAAGUAUCGAAGAUGAGACUUUAUUCUUCAAGGACGGUUGGCAAGAAUUCGUUAAAGAUCAUUCCUUGGAAGAGAAUGAUGAAUUGGUCUUUCAGUACAAUGGUGAAUCCUGUGUUGAUGUAUUGAUAUUUGAUCAGUCCAGCUUGUGCGAGAAGGAAUCUUCAUACUUUGUCAAAAGAUGUAUAUGUGCUGCUUCAACAGAUGAGAGCAAUGGUCCAACAAAGAGGAAAAAAGUGGAAGACACUGUAAAUAAUAAUGAUUCAGAGAAAGAACAAAGGUCAGUAAGAGAAACAGAUCUUUCGCACUCACGGUAUCUCUCAAAUAGAAGGGCAGUGACUCAAUUGGAGAAAAAUGUUGUGCUGUGGCAAGCACAAGCACUUGCAGCAGCAAAACCAGAGAGUGAGAUGGUAGUUAUGCAACCCACCCAUGUAUAUGUGGAGUUCAGCCUGGUAAUCUCUUGCAAAUGGAUGGACAAGAAUAUUAGUGUAGUAGACAAAUAUCUGAUUCUACGUGUGAAGGAGAAAAUGUGGCAACUUACAUUGAUACAUGAUACAAAUCUUGGCACUUGGCUUAUGUUUGGCUGGAAGGAGUUUGCACUUAGAAACUACUUGGAAGAGUCUGAUGUUUGUGUGUUUGAUCCUGCUGGUCGAAAUCAAGAUGGCAUUGUCAUUGUUGAUGUAACAAUCUUCCGCGUGGUGCAAGAGAUAGUUACGCCAACUGGUGUGUAAUCAAAGUCGAGCUAUUACAUAAGAAGCAACGGAAAUGUUUUCCUUUAGAAAUUUCUCACUUACUAACAUAUCUAUAGAUGCACUUUGAUGCUAUAUAUUUGCGGCCGGUCAGGCUAGGAACUGAAUGUCUUUGUGCCUUGCUGAAAUGGGUUUCAAACUCUAGGCAGGCUGCCUAUUGAAAUGCAUGGAGGAAGGAGAAAUUUCAGUAGCAGAUUGGUUUGAAUUACAUCAAAUUAAUUAAGAGUUUGGAUUUUU